AGAAAACUCGUGAAAGAACUUAGAAGAAAAAAAUCUUCUGGUUUUGAUAUAAAUGAGGAUACGGUUACACAUUUAUCACCACUUGAAAAAAGUGGUGAAUGUGAUGACUAUUGGGACAGAGAAGGGCAAUACUAUCAAAGUGAUUACAACUCCACAGAGGAUGAACAAGAUAGUCCAGUUCCUAGUGGCUGCUUAUGAAGACUUUAACUCCAAAGGGCCUACAAAAUUUUGCAAAACUUUCUUUAGGUGCGUUAUUAAAUCUGCUAUUUAGUUUGUAGUUAUGAAAUUUUAGUAAGGACUGCAUAUUAAAAUAACAUUUAUGUAGGUACACUGUGAGGUGUGAUGCAUCUGAGAAUAACAUGUGUGAAGCUUUUAACGGAACAAUAUGUAGAGCACGAACUAAACCUCUAAUCCACAUGUUGGAAGAUAUACGCAAUUAUGUCAUGGAGAGGAUAUAUAGCAAGCAGAACCUUAUGUCGCAUGAUCUUGUAGAUGAUACAUUAUGUUCAAGGAUAAAGAAGAAGCUGGAAAAGCUAGUUGGGUUUUCUGCAAGAAGUGUGGCCAGACCUUCGGUUGGUGGAUUAUUCCAAGUUCAUGAAGGUGUAGAUGCGUAUUCGGUAUGCUUAAAUGAACGAACAUGCACUUGCAAAGCCUGGCAAUUGACUGGACUACCGUGUAGACAUGCCAUUGCAAGCAUAAGUUUCAUGAGAGUGGAUCCUUGCACUUAUGUUGAUGAUGUAUAUCGAAAGUUCACACACAAGAAGUAUUACAGAUUAGGCCUCCCACCAAUGAAUGGAGAAAGAAUGUGGCCUAAAGUUCCUGGAGAACCUAUUAAACCGCCGCCAUAUCGAGUCAUGCCGGGUAGACCCAAGAAAAACUAAAAGAAAGCACCUGAAGAAGAGCCGAAGAUCUCACACACUUUAAAGAGAUCUGGACUAAAAAUGAAAUGUACUAACUGUAGUACAUAUGGGCAUAACAAGAGAAAAUGUCCCCAACCUUUACGAGAAUCGGAUCCACAACCGAAGAGAAAAAGAGGAAGGCCCCUGAAACCGUGUACUCAACAAUCUACUGAAAAAAUUACCAAGGGUAAUAGAGGAAGACCGACAAAGAGCCCUAGGCACUCAAUGAAGGUUGCAUCUGGCCCAAAUACAGAAGGUGCACAUUCCAUGGAAGGAACACACACUACCAUGGAAAGCAACAUACCAGUUUAGUUGGAGUUCAAAAAUUGAAGGUUGGAUAUAUGUUCAAGAUUUUUAAGAUAUUUUGGAACCAUACAUGUUAUUGAAACUUAAUCUUUUGGAGUCAUACAAUGUUUUAGUCAUUUUGUAAGAGACUUUGAUAUUUUAAUGUAUAUUGUGAGUAUUGAUGACAUUUAGAUAUAGUCAUGAGAACAUCCAUCCAUUUGCCCCUCCAAUUGUUGUUUUUGGAGAUAGGUUUUUGAGAUUCCAUGUGAG